AGCCGUUUUCGGUGAUGUUAAAGUUCUUCCCCAAAGAAAAAUUGAAUUCCUAAUCAUGAUAAAGUAUCACCAAUUAGAACCCUUUGAAUACAUAUCAAACAAUUAACAUUUUAAAAACCAGCAAACUAACUUUAAGCCAUCAAAUAGUUCUUCAACCAGUGAUGUCAACAGGAUAAGCUUCAUGAUUAGCUUUAGAGCUAUUACUAGGGGUCCUUUGAAGAAAUGUAACCAUGACAGCAUACUCUACGACCAGACCCUCUCUGAAUUUUCACUUGGCAUGAGAAAUCUUUGAAAGGGCUGAUAGCUCCUUGAUAUUAGUAUUGACUGCAAUGGUGUUUCUAUGGGUGCCACGGAUCCCCAAGGAUGCUCACAAUCUCUAUACGCGCACCUGUUAAUUCUACGACGACUUUCUGAUUGAGGCGGGGCACAAUACAGCUUUGAUAUUCGACGUCGCCUCCCGUGCUACAUUGCCGUCAAACGGGGAUUUUUCUUCCCACUCUGAUACAAGAUGGUCAAAUUGAGCUUACAUAUACUGUAAGUGUCUCUUCACCUGGUGCAUUUCUCUUGCACUACCUUACCGGAACGCUUUCUUACGUUUCAAUUUACGAUUGCGAUCCUUUGGAUUCUGCUUUCUAUUUUGUCAAUACAGCAUGGCGGCCUCUACUGUCCCCGAUGCCUACAAGCUUGGACUUAAUCAAGUGGGAUAUGCGACUUUGGUCGUCAGCAUUUUUUUCAUGCUGUUAUCUACAAUCGCCGCUGCACUUCGUAUCUGGACGAGGAUAGUCAAGAAUGCUAAGUUUGGGAUUGAUGAUUGGCUUCUUUUCAUCAGUGUCUUUCUAUUCUAUGCUUUUUGUGCCAAUAUCCUGGCCGGUGUUUAUACCCUCGGUGGCGGACAGAUAUACCUCGACCUCGUUGUCCUCGCCCGGAAGUCGCAACAGUAUCUCAAGAGCGAGUAUGCUAUCCCGCCAAUUUAUGCCACCAAUGUGACCACCGUCAAACUUUCGAUUCUAUUCUUCUAUCGCCGCAUUUUCGAGACCCCAAGCUUCCUUAGAAACAAUACUAUUGUCAUGGUAGUAUGUUGUAUUUGGUAUGUCGCGAACCUCAUCGGGGAUUUACUUUACUGCAUCCCCAUGGCUACAUUCUGGGAUCCAGCAGUUAAAGGGACAUGUUUCAACUUCGCCUUAUACUUUUUGAUCAUGGAGCUUUUUGAUAUGUUAUUAGAUAUCGCUAUCCUAUGUCUUCCCACAAAAAUUAUUCUUGGUCUUCAUCUGCCGUUGAAGAAUAGGAUUGGGAUACUUUGUAUCUUCCUCUUGGGAGCAUUGUAAGUAAUCUUUAUGCUAUCAUCAGUGGCAAGUCAUUAAUAAAUCUAGGGUUGUUAUUACUAGCGCUAUACGGAUUGGAUAUCUCUACAACCCAAGCGAGGUACUAUGUAAGUUUCUGCCAUCUUGAUUACCAACUUCCAAGCUAAAAAGCAUAUAGUAUCACUUGCACGAGCAUCUUUAUGGUCCGUUAUCAAUUUAGGAGUAGCAAUCCUCUGUGCUUGCCUACCAACGUACAAACCUCUAUUCAGCAGAUUCUACACCAUGAGCUCUUCGCUUUGGAGUAGUUCGCUCUGGAGUAGACAUAACAGAAGCAGAAACACCGAUGAAAGUGCGAAUAAGACUGCCUGCGAUGCGAAUUCUAAUCCUGCUGCUUUUUAUUACAGAAUGGGGGAUAGCAAUGAGGAUAGCACUGGGGAUACGGUAUAUCACACAGGGGUUUCAACGCAGAUACGGAGCAGUAGUGAGGCACGGGUUAUACCUAUGGAUGGUGUAUUAGUUCAGAGGGAUGUUGAUAUGAAUCGUUCUAGUGCUUUUAUUGGUGGAAGCGAGACAUCAAAAGUUUAAUUGUUGAAGGUCGUGUAGUGCUUGAAUUUUCCGUUUGAAUCGUAAUGAAAAGGCUCGGGUGGUUUGAUUAUGGAAUUGUUUGGAAAUAUACGUAGUUAUGUUUGUGUGUACAUGUCUUUUUUUAC